AUGUUUGUUCAGCUCCUGCUUGUAGCAGUAGUACUAAUCAGUUACACGGAUGCUAUCACAUGUGAACAAAAAGCAAUGGAUGAAGGGCGUGCUGUCUCUGCACUUUGUUUUGGUGAUUUAAACCAAGGUGUUUGUGUGGAUGAUGGUGUUGACUACUACUGCAAUUGCAGCUAUGCAGUCUUUGGAAGUGACUGUCAAGAUAAUUUCAUUUGUUUAGAUCCAUAUAAUCCCUGUCUGAAUGGUGCUAACUGCUUACUGAUUCCAGAUGUAUUUUGUUUCUGCCAGCUUGGUUAUUCUGGAACCUACUGUGAGAUUGAUGAUAAUCAGGUGAUCACCACAGUAACCACCACCACCACAGUUGUUACCACGGUAGCCAGUUCACCAUGUGAUGUAAUGCCAUGCCUAAAUAAUGGGGUAUGUGAAGAAAUAGAUGCCACUACCUACACCUGUACAUGUUUAACUGGAUUCCUAGGUACAAAUUGUGAAGUUGAUAUUUGUGAUCCAAAUCCAUGCCAAAAUAAUGGUAAUUGUACUUAUUUAAACCUGUCAUACAGCUGUGAUUGCCUUUUGGGUUACAUUGGUAAUGAGUGUGAGAUUCCAGAAAGCAACUGUCUGCCAAAUCCGUGCCUGAAUUCUGGUCUUUGCCAGCCAACUGAAACUGGUUACAUCUGUAGUUGCGUCUCGGGAUACAAUGGCACCGAAUGCGAAUAUGACCAGCGCGAUGAAUGUUCAUCAUCCCCGUGUGUCAACGGCGGUUUCUGCUUAGAUGAUGUAGAAAUGUAUCUGUGUGAUUGCCCCAUCUAUUACAAUGGCCUGCACUGCGAUAUAUUUGAUAUCAACUUUCCAGGUGGAAUUGGAGAGGAUGUCGCGGCUGCACCACUGGCUGCUGAUCAACGCAACUGUGAAAUACCAGAGUGUGCACUCGUUUAUGGUGAUGGUGUAUGUGACGCAAAAUGUAACACAUACAAUUGUUAUUGGGAUGGCAGAGACUGUUCACUAGGCACAUUACCAUGGGAAAACUGUACAGUGGACAGUGUGAAUUGCUGGGAUGUAUUUCAAGAUGGGAAAUGUGAUGAAGAAUGUAAUAUUAAUACUUGUAUACAUGAUGGUUUUGACUGUGAUGAACCUGUUGGAGAGUGCAAAUAUGAUAAUUACUGCAGUAAUUAUUAUGCUGAUGGAUUGUGUGAUAAUGGAUGUAACAAUGCCCCAUGCAGUUGGGAUGGUUUGGAUUGUGAUGAAUACCCACCAAAUUAUGCUGAAGGCACACUUGUUAUGACCAUACUACUAGAACCAGAAGCAAUUCGUAAUAAUUCCAAGAUGUUUCUACGUGAAGUUGGUCAAAUUUUGCAUACUAUUGUAGUCUUUGUUCAAGACGAGAAUGGAAAUGAUAAGAUUAUUGCAUGGACUGAAGAGGAUGAAGAUGAUGUCAUAGAUUCAAGUGAACUAAGUAAACGAAGUGCUUAUAAUGACACAGUCACACAAGAAACAUUAACAGGCUCCAAAGUAUACUUAAAGAUGGAUAACAGGAAAUGUUAUCAGUCUGGUGGUAGUUGCCUUCAAACUGCAGAUGAAGCAGCUUCUCUACUAGGUGCUAGAUCAUCUAAAAGUACCAUUGACCUGGAAGUAUUACCACUACAAAAUAUAGAAACUGAAGCAGACACUACAACAACUGAAAACUCUCCUAGUAGUCUUCUCUGGAUUAUGGCAGUACUGCUUGUCAUCAUAGCAUUUCCAUUAGUUGGAGUUCUCAUAUCUGCUAAUAGAAGGCGCAAAGCUAAAGGAACUCUAUGGUUUCCUGAUAACUUUGUGCCCCAUACAAGUCAAGGCGGCAAAAGGAAAGAAACCUCAGGCAAGGAGUCUGUUAACUUGAGAAGUAUUGAAGGAACACCCAAUGGCGUAGCAAGUGUUGAAUCAUGUGACUAUGAAAGUCAUGGGAAGUCACCUUCUACAUUGAGUGGUAAAAGUCAUUCUCCUGACUCUGAAACAGAUAUUGAACCAUCCAAAAAGAGAAUAAAGUUCCAAGAGCCAAGCCCGAGUGCAAGUUCUCAGGAUGACAGAGAUCAGAUGAUAAUGAUAGAUGAUGAAACUGAUAAGCAAUAUUGGUCUAAAUCACACUAUGAUGCAGCUGAAGUCAAAGUACCUCCACUAUUAGCAAUGACACCACCAAAUGAUGUGGAUGAUGCUGAUGGGGUACAGUUUGAAGUGAAUGCACAAGGUCCAGGUGGUUUAACGCCAUUGAUGUUGGCUUCUGCACAUGGUUGUGAUGAAGACAUGGAAGAAAGAUCAGCUGCAAUUAUAGUUGAUUUGCUAGCACAAGGAGCAACUACUUCUAGUAACACAAAGAAAACAGGUGAGACGUCAUUACACUUAGCAGCCAGAUACUCCAGAUCAGAUGCAGCAAAGACUUUACUCAUGUCAGGUGCUGAUGCUAAUGCAAAAGAUCUAACAGGCAGAACUCCAUUACAUGCUGCAGUUGCUGCAGAUGCUAUGGGAGUAUUUCAGAUUUUGUUGAGGCAUAAUUCAACAAAUAUUGACAGUAAGACAUAUGAUGGUACAACAGCCAUGAUACUGGCUGCUAGGUUGGCUGUAGAGAAUAUGGUUGAAGGUCUUGUCAAUGCUGGUGCAGAUCUGAAUGCAGCUGAUAAUGGCGGUAAAACUGCCUUGCAUUGGGCAGCAGCUGUUAACAAUGGAGAAGCUACAUCUGUUUUAUUAAAACAUGGAGCUUCAAAGGAUGCACAAGAUGAUAAGGAAGAGACUCCAUUAUUUUUGGCUUCAAGAGAAGGAAGUCAUGAAGCAGCUAAGAUACUUUUGGACUACUAUGGAAAUCGGGAUAUCACCGACCACAUGGACCGAUCACCUCGGGACAUUGCAGAAGAAAGAUUCCAUCAUGACAUAAUUAAGUUACUCGAUGAGUAUAAUAUAGUACAUGUUGAGAGUCCUCCAGAGCUGUUAUCACUGGUUGCUAAUGGUGCUGUAGUCCAGUCAUGUCAACAGGGAAAUUAUCUCAAGAAUGAUGCUAACAAACCAACAAAGAAAAAGAUGUCCCGGACAAAAAAUGGAUUCCGAUUUGGUAAUAGUAUCAAACAGAACAGUGGUCAGUCUAAAGCAGGAAUGCAAAAUUUCCCUUCCUCUCAACAACAGUCUCCACCAAGAGUCUUACAACAGUUUGGAGAAGACUCGCCUGCAGCAUUCUCAUCUGACAACUCUUCAAUGUCUUCACCUGCAAAUUAUCCAAGCACAUCACCUUCUUCAUAUCACUCCAACCCAGCUUCUCAUCCAAAUAUCCCAGUGAUGGAUAAUAUAAUGGUGUCAAAAAAUUCUACCAUCAACUGUUAUGAUUAUGAGGAUGACAAUCAUAUCAUUACAGCACCAAGGAUUUCUCAUCCAUUUGCUCCCUCAUCAUCAUCAUCAUCUCCUCCUCAUUAUCAAGGAGAAGUAACUAUGAAUAGUAGUCUUAGACUUGAUAUGGGAGUUACAGCUCCUGUCACUGUACCCAAUGACUGGAUCAAAAGCAUACAGAACAAUGGGAAAGGAUCUACAACAAAUGAUUGUUUUAUAGAUGACUUUCUUGAAACUUCAAUUGAAGAUGUUCCUAGGUUUGCUCCUUCUUUGUCCCAGUUUGCAGCUUUUCAAGCCCUAGCAAAUACACCUCGUACUACACAUCCAGGUUUUUCUAACAAUCCAUGUGAUGUACAGUAUUCAUCAAGUAACGUAAAUCACAUGCCUGGUAGUAGUGGUGGCAUACCAGCCACUGGUCCAAGUAAUACACAUUUAAAACUAUGGGAUUAG